AUGGCCGAAGGAGGACAGAAGCGCCUGGACUACACUACACAGUGUUUCCACACCGUUGCCGCUGUACCUCACACCACCCAUCACAUACCGGACCAUCCGUACCUCACACCGCCCAUCACAUACCGGUCCCGCUGUACCUCACACCGCCCAUCAUAUACCGGUCCCGCUGUACCUCACACCGCCCAUCAUAUACCGGUCCCGCUGUACCUCACACCGCCCAUCAUAUACCGGACCAGUUGUACCUCACACCGCCCAUCAUAUACCGGACCAGCUGUACCUCACACUGCCCAUCACAUACCGGACCAGCUGUACCUCACACCGCCCAUCAUAUACCGGUCCCGCCGUACCUCACACCGCCCAUCAUAUUCCGGACCAGCCGUACCUCACACCGCCCAUCAUAUACAGGACCAGCUUUACCUCACACCGCCCAUCAUAUACCGGUGCCAGCGGUUACCUCCACCACCGCCAUCAUAUACAGGACCAGCUAUUACCUCACACCGCCCAUCAUUACCGGACCAGCUUACCCACCACCGCCCAUCAUAUUACAGGACCAGCUUUACCUCACACCGCCCAUCAUAUACCGGACCAGCUUUACCUCACAGCCGCCCAUUCAUAUACAGGACCAGGCUUUACCUCACACCCCGCCCAUCAUAUACGGACCAGCCGUACCUCACACCGCCCAUCAUAUACCGGACCAGCUUACUCACACCGCCCAUCACAUACCGGUCCCGCUGUACCUCACACCGCCCAUCAUAUACCGGACCAGCUUUACCUCACACCGCCCAUCAUAUACCGGACCAGCCGUACCUCACACCGCCCAUCAUAUACAGGACCAGCUUUACCUCACACCGCCCAUCAUAUACCGGUCCCGCUGUACCUCACACCGCCCAUCACAUACCGGUCCCGCUGUACCUCACACCGCCCAUCAUAUACCGGUCCCGCCCGCCUCGCGCUGGUCCCGCCCCUCUCGUGCCGUCACGGCCGCCGUUCUCCUAUUGGCUGCUGCGGGUGUCGCAGCCGCUUUUCCCCAUCGCCGUUUGA